CACAGAUACAUAAUAAAACACACAAACCCUACCGCCCUCCCCCACUUUCUUCUUCCUUCGCUUCUUUCUCUUCAUUCUUUUCUCUUUCUUUUUCCUUUUCGUUUUCUUCUCCUCCUUUUUUCUAAGUUGCUGCCUCCCGAAUACGGAUGUCUCCGCCGCCGCCGCCGCCGCCCGCUAGAAUAUUCCUUCUUCUGGUGUAGCCGUCGCCGCCGAUACGAUAUAUAUAUAUAUAUAUAUUGCAAGAUGCAGUUAAACCCUUCAACCCUGCUACAUACUUUUCUGGGGUUUUUCAAUCGCUGCAAAAUUUCGUAGGUGGGAUUUUCAAACAUCAAUCUGCGCGGAAUUGAGUGGUUGCGCCGCCGGUUAGGGGGAAUUUUGGGGUCUGCUUGAUUUGUUGAUCUGCUGUUAGUGAUUUUAAGGUGCGCGAGGAUGUGGUGCCGUAAUUGCGCAGAUGAUGUUCCUGCUGAGAACUUUGACGGCAAGAUAUGUUGCCCUGGUUGUGGAAGAGUUCUGAUUGAGGAUAACUUCUCACAGGAGCCCACAUUUGUGAAGGGCUCAGCGGGACAGAGCCAACUAUCAGGAACUAUUGUAAGGAGCAGCCUAACUGAGUAUUCAGUAUCACGUCAGAGGACAGUGGAUGAAGCACGUAGAGGGAUAGAAGAUUUGAUGUAUAAGCUAGAAAUUGAUGGUGGUGAUUCUAUAGCUAAUCCAGCCUUAGCCUUUUAUAAGCUUGGACUUGAAUGGAAUUUCACACGGGGACGCAAAAAAGAACAAGUAGAAGCUGCUUGCCUGUAUAUAGCUUGUAGGCUGAACAACAAGCCGUAUCUUCUUAUUGAGUUUUCAGAACAACUAAGCAUAAAUGUGGUGUUUGGGACAUACCAAAAAGGAAAUGUUGCACGGUGUUUGGGACGGAGAGAUUAUGUGCUAGGAGCAGUGUUUUUGCAGCUUUGCAAAGUUUUGUACCUUCAAGAACAUCCAAUAGUUCAAAAGCCAGUGGAUCCAAGCCUGUUCAUCCACAGGUUUACUGAUCGUCUAUUUGGCGGCAGAAAACCCGUUGACUCCACCAGAAUCUCCCAGACUGCACUGCGUGUUGUAGCAAGCAUGAAGCGAGAUUGGAUGCAGACCGGGAGAAAACCAAGUGGUCUAUGUGGAGCUGCCCUGUAUAUAGCUGCCUUGUCGCAUGACCUCCCGUGUUCGAAGAAUGAUAUUAUUAAAGUUGUCCACAUCUGUGAAACAACAUUGACAAAGCGUUUGAUUGAAUUCGAGAAUACAGAAUCAGGUGGUCUAACGAUUGAAGAGUUUAAUACGAAAGCCACGGAGAUUGAAACUGAAGAGAUGCUGUCCAAAUCUCUUGAUGAAGGGGUAAAAGCAUCUGGAAUUCAUGAACUUCUCUGUCAGCACAAAGGGAGUGAGACGCCUCACUUCGCUCAUGGCCUUUGUAGAAGCUGCUAUGAUGAUUUCAUGAAACUGUCUGGGGGUCUUGAAGGUGGAUCCGAACCCCCAGCUUUCCAGCGUGCAGAGAAGGGAAGAAUGAUGGAAGAGAAAGUUGAUGCUGACAGGUCUAAUGAUCUUGAAUCCUCUAUAUUGCCGGACUCUGCAGAAAGCCAGAGCAAAGUUUCAAAUUCCAACAAGCAAUGCAGAACAAACGAUCUGAGUGAAAAUGAAGUUCCACAAACUGCAGAGUCUGGCUUAACAGGAGAUCAAUUGCAACAAGAAGACAUGGAUCAUUCAAAUAUAGAUGGAAUACAUCCAAAUGAUGAUACUCUUGAAGAAUCAGAAAAUCUAUCUGAUAUUGAUGACACUGAGGUCGAUUUCUAUCUAAACAAUGAGGAGGAGAAACGAUUAAAGAAGAUCAUUUGGGAAGAAAUGAAUAAAGAAUAUCUUGAGGAGCAGGCGGCUAAAGAAGCUUCCGAACUAGCUGCAAAAAAAGCAGAAGAAGAGUUUUUUGCUAACUGCAGUGAGGAGGUAAAAGCAGAAAAAUUGAAAGCUGCACAAGUAGCUGCAGCUGUUGCAAAGUCAAAGAAGGAAAGGCAACAAAAGAGGGCUGCCGAGCGGAAGUUGGCUGGUCCAGCUCAAACUGCUUCAGAAGCAGCAAAACAAAUGCUCGAAAGAAAGGGAUUUAGUUCCAAGAUCAGAUAUGAUGUGCUAGAACAGAUGUUUGAUGAAUCUGAAAACACUGAGAAAACGAAGAAAAUGCGAACAUCCGGUGAAGAUGAUGAUAAGUCUUCCAAUUGGAGGAGCGAAGAAGUAGUAGAAGAGCCGAUUGAGGGUGAGGAUUGUGUAAGAGAAGAUAUUAACUGCCAACAUGAAGAAAAUAAUAUUGAUGAUUAUGACGAUGAUGAUAAUGAUUUAUGGUAGUUUUUUCUGUUUUUUCUUUAAAAAAAUUGUGCAUAUUUAUUUACUACUUCUUACAUAUUUGUAUGGAUGAGUUUUUUUAUGUUUUCCAAUGAUUUUAGAUAUUUAUUAACGAUUUAA